GAGAUGGAGAAUUCCUCUGCUGUGACUGAAUUCUUUCUCGUAGGGCUUUCCAAAUACCCAGAGCUCCAGCUUUCUUUGUUCAUGUUCUGCCUCAUCAUGUACCUGGUAAUUCUUCUGGGAAAUAGUCUCCUCAUUAUUAUCUGCAUCCUAGAUUCUAGCCUCCACACCCCCAUGUACUUCUUCCUUGGGAACCUCUCAUUCCUGGAAAUCUGUUACACAUCAUCAUCCAUUCCUCCAAUGCUCAUGUUAUUUAGGUUUGGGAGAAAAUCCAUCUCUUUCAUUGGCUGUGCUCUGCAGAUGGUUGUCUCCCUUGGGUUGGGCUCCACUGAAUGUAUCCUUCUGGCUGUGAUGGCCUAUGAUCGAUAUGUGGCCAUCUGCAACCCCCUGAGGUACUCCAUCAUCAUGCAUAGGGUGCUAUAUGUGCACAUGGCUGCAUGGUCCUGGAUCAUAGGCUGUCUGAGCUCCUUAGUGCAAACAGUCCUGACAAUGGUAUUGCCCUUCUGUGGGAAUAACAUUAUUGAUCAUAUUACCUGUGAGAUUCUGGCUCUUCUUAAACUCAUCUGUUCAGAUAUUGCCAUCAUUGUGCUUAUCAUAACAAUAGCAAGUAUUGUUUUCUUAGUGAUUCCCCUACUGUUAAUUUUUAUUUCCUAUGUUUUUAUUCUCUGUACCAUCUUGAGACUUAAUUCUACUGAAGGAAGAGAGAAAGCUUUUUCAACCUGUUCAGCCCACCUUGCUGUAGUAAUUUUAUUCUAUGGUUCAGCCCUUUUUAUGUACAUGAAGCCCAAGUCAAAGGACACAAAGAAAUCUGAUGAGAUCAUUGGGCUGUCUUAUGGAGUGGUAACUCCAGUUUUGAACCCUAUCAUCUACAGCCUGAGGAAUAAGGAAGUGAAAGAGGCUAUGAAUAAAAUCUUGAGUAGACACCUGCACUCACAUAAAAUAUGA